UCUUCAUUUCGCAGAGAUGGCAGUAAUCUAAAACUAUCAAGGACUGGAGACCACCACAAAAAAAAGCCAAAGAAAAAAAAAAGGAAACUCUCAGACGAGGAAAAUCAUUCUGCAUCAAAUUAAAGCUUCUGAUCAGCAGAUAAAAACAUGGAAUCCAGCUCUGGAGAAAUGGACAAAAAUAGAGAGGAACUCACAGGAAGGAAGAAGUCACGUUUUAAGCAGCUGAAGACACGUCUCUUUGGGAAACUGAAGAAAAAGGAAAGCGAAGGGCUGAUAAAGCAAAGCCAGUCUGCCAGUGACAUCAUGGCUCCAGAGGGCAGAAGAGAAGGCUACGACUCUGAAGACGAGUUUACGUUCCCGCAGGGUCUGAGCUCCAGGGCGCUUUCCCAUGACAGCAUCUUCAUUACAGACCAGACCCUGUCCACAGAACCAACCCGGGUUCUUUCACAAGAAAACGUUCAUGACAAAAUCAAGGCUUUACAAUUGAAACUACAGCAGCAGAACUUACAUCUAGGUCCUCCUCCAAUGCUGAUUCCUGGUAAACGCAUAGAGGACUCAGGAACCACUUCAGAGGACGAUGGUUUACCUUGCAGCCCACCUGAGAUGUCCUUCCAUGGGCAAGUCAUGCAUGGAGCAGUUUACAAGUAUCCUGGAUCUCAGAAACAUCUGAGCUCUCUGAGCUUAGCAGGAACAGGAAGCGAAGAAGAGGAGCAGGGGGAUCCUUUCCAGCCAUCAUUGAGACCUCUAUCCCCAGUCUCCAAGUAUCAGUCCCCUCAGCCAAUCAUCUCUCCCGCCUCAGCCUUGACCACGCCCACUGCAGGAGCUGACUUCAGUAGCCCUGCAGGGUUCAUGCCCAGGUUGGAUAACUCAGCUGCUCGUCACCGCAUGUCAGUCAAACCAAGGAACCAACGAGCCAGUACAAGAGGAAAACGAGUGCCACCAGUUUCUCUUUCUCCCAGGCAUUGUUCAGAAAGCAUCAGUGAUUUGGAUAAUGUUCUGUCUGAAGAAGAAGAAGAAGAAGAAGAUGAAACCAUGAUGUCCACUGAGACAGUAAACCAUUACUUGUACUCAUCUCUGAAUUUGGAGCUAACACAGAAACCCACCACUCCAGAACCUACAGAAACAACUCUGGAAAAGUCAGCACAGGACCAAGAGGAGAACGCUAACAGAACUCCCGGUGUUGAAAUCCUAAGGUCAGAAGAGUUUCUUGAAACUGAGGGGAAAGUUAUCUCAAAUCCUCUUUAUUUGCAGCCUUUGUCCUUCAGUUUGAUCUCCUCAGGUCCACCGUCGCCUUCAGGACUUCCAGAAUCUACAGCACCGUCAAGAGAAAUAGAGUUUUUAAGAGCUCAUUCACCUAUUCAGACACAUGAUAGAAAUAAUAUCCAGAUUCAGACGUCUGACACAGAUAAAAAGGAAACAUUUAGACCACAUCCUUUACCUCUGCCUCGCUUAAAAAAGCACAAAAUGGAAACAAGGAGCCCUCCCUCUCCAAAAGGAGCUGAGGAGGCCUCAACGAAACCUUGGGAAGCUGAAGUAGAAACUGCACCUAACACUGGAUCAGUCCAGUUUUUAAUUGCAUCUGCAAAGUAUCGCUCCAAAGCAACCAGUGAGACAAAGCAGAAUGAGGGUCAUUUGAAAGAUUCUCCAGGAAUCAAGACCCAAGUCGUCAAACCCAAUCCAGAGUCGCAGAAAGAUGAAGUGAGAGAAACAAAACCAACAGAGCUUCAGUAUCUCCUCCAUCAAACUCAAGAGAGAAAAAGUAGUUUUUGUAGAGAAGUACCACCAGCUAUUAUGUCCAAACCAACAAAAGGAACUAAUCUUAGGAAGUCAGACGCUGCUGCAGAACAUGUGGAAACAGAGAAACUGGAGGAACCUGAAGACAGGAAGAUUGCUUUUGGGGUGCAGCUCCGCACAACCUCUAUGUCACUAAAAUAUCGCUCGGAGGUUUCCAAAAUCAAGGAUGUAACCAAACGGUACAGUUUAGAGUCUAAUACGGUGACAGAAGUCUCAGAAGAGCAUGCUGGGAAAGCAGAAACAUUUGGGAAUUUGCAUGACAGCAAUUCCAAGAGUAAACCUAGUGUUCCCAAAAAACUAGAUUCACAGAGCCUGGACUUUCAGCUUGCCGCCCAAGACUACGGAAGACCAUCUAUCCAAAACUCAACAGGAGCGAGUCAAGAGGCUGUGUCUGAUUCGGGCUGGAUGAGUCUGGCCAGAGAGAAGACCAGAGCCUACCAGCCAUUCUCGGGCAGAUUAUCCACAAAUCAGUCACAACUCCACCCUACAUCUCCAACAGCUUCUCCUGCACACCCUCCCAAACCAGCCUUCCAGCCUAAAACACAGCUACUGAGCACCUCUCUUCAUCCACUGAAAGCAGCCUGCCUACAGACCUCACCCAGACUUCCAGCAAAACCAGCACCUGGCAGAACAAAAGACUGGCAGGACAAAGGCAGGAACAGUACAUCAGAAGAUGACUCAACAAAGAGAGCAGCAAGACCCAUAACACCUAACAACAACACUGAAGUAGCACUUACUCUCACACCUGAGCCUCCAGCAACCUCAUCAUCAUCAUCAUCACCAUCAGCAACAGACAUCUCUCAUCAGCAGCAGCUACGGUCAGAUGGACCUCAGCCGUCCUGGUUGGAGCUCGCAAAGAGGAAGUCUUUAGCCUGGAGUGACAAAACUUUAGAAUUAAGCUGAGACAUUCAGUGAUGAACUGAUGAAGUGGUGCAAUAUCUAACGUUACAAUGAAUGAAUGUAAUACUGUGUGUUUGUACAUGACUGAUCGAG